AUGCCCGUCCCAUCGUCAUCUCCCAGGCUUCAGACCCACCAAUCCCAUCCACGACACACCUACAAUGCACAUCGAGCGUCGUCCUUCCUGGUCACUGACCCACGAGAGGAAGAUGAGAUCCGAGCUCGACUUCGAACGUUCGAGGGCGCCUAUUCUCGAACUGCGAUGGCGACUUUGGGAUACAGCGUUCUGAUUCUCAAGCUGUUCAACCGAGAAUUCUAUCGGAUCGGUCUGCUGUACGUCAUUCUGUCCCUUCUGCUGCUUCUUGUCGAAUUCCAGCGCCGUCGACACGCACGACAUCAAUUUGCGGACGAGGACACAACCCCUCCACCCCCGGGUUCUCGACAACAUCCCGAAAAUCCGCAAUCGUGUCCUCAGCAACGUCGUGACGCCGGAGAAACAUCUCAUAGUGUUUCUGUACGCCUGCGGAUUCUCUCAGGCCUACCCGAGUCGUCUGUUGCAUUCAGUUCGCUGCCUGAACCAACUCGCCCCAUCACUUCGAACUACCCUCCCAUUCGCCGUCUAUCUCUCCGUUCCGGAAGCCGCCUGAACGAGCGCAGGGAGCGCGUCUGGGGAGGGAGGGAAUUCAAGACCCCCGGAUGGAUCGUUGUUCUCGUGACGGGCAUUGUUGGCAUUGUGGAGGUUACGCUGUUCGCAUUCGUUUGUGCGCUGUAG